AUGACGAAUGAUUUAACUGCCUAUAGCAGAAAGGAAGAGAAAAGGAAACUGAAGGAAAAAAAGUUAUUGAAAAAACUAGAAAAGAAUCAGUUGCAAGAGGAACAAAUGAAAAAAGUACCAGCAGAGCAAACAAAGAAGGAUCAAGGUCGUCUCUACACAGUUAGUCUGGCUUUGCCAGGUUCCGUACUGGACAAUGCUCAGUCACCAGAGCUCCGGACUUACUUGGCAGGACAGAUUGCUCGAGCUUGCUGUAUUUUCUGCAUAGAUGAAAUUGUGGUGUUUGAUGAACAAGGAGAAGACCCAAAGAGUGUAGAAGGGGAGUUUAAAGGAAUUGGUAAGAAAGGACAGGCUUGUGUCCAGCUGGCUCGGAUUUUACAGUACCUGGAGUGUCCGCAGUAUCUUCGCAAGUCCUUCUUUCCAAAACACCAGGAUCUACAGUUUGCAGGGGUGUUAAACCCCCUGGACAGCCCCCAUCACAUGCGUAUUGAUGAAGAGUCAGAGUAUCGAGAAGGUGUGGUGUUAAAUCGUCCCAUCAGAUCUGGAAAAGGCUCUUUUGUGAAUUGUGGCAUGAGAAAGGAAGUGCAGAUAGACAAACAACUUCAGGAAGGUCUCCGUGUUACUGUUCGACUGGACCAAAACCAGAACCCAGACACUAAAGUCUGUAGAGGAACUGCUGUAGCACCUCACAUUCCACGAACAGAAUCCGGUCUUUACUGGGGUUACAGUGUCAGGCUCGCUUCAUGCUUAAGUGCGGUAUUCACAGAGUGUCCCUACAAGGAGGGCUAUAAUCUGACAAUAGGCACUUCAGAACGAGGAACAAAUAUUGACACAGUGACUCUGCCUUCAUUUAGCCAUGCUUUGAUUGUGUUUGGAGGGCUUCAUGGAUUGGAAGCCAGCGUGGAAUGUGACCAAAACCUACAUAUCACCAAUCCCGGCAUUCUGUUUGAUUUGUAUUUGAACACAUGUCCAUCACAGGGUAGUCGGACUAUCCGGACAGAGGAAGCUAUAUUAAUUUCUAUGUCUGCUCUGAGACCAAAGAUAAGAGAAACAGUUGAGAAGACCUCAGCAAGCUAAGAAUUGGAAUAAAGCUGUCAUACAAGUUUUAUUUAAAAAUGCAGGCUGGUUGUACAGAUCUCAGGAGAGUGUAACAGUUUGUAUCUGAUCAUAUUAUUUGAAGUUUUUUGAGAUUAACUAUUCGGUCCCACUCGCAUUUCACUGAAACAUGAGUCAGGAUAAGUCUUAACUGUAAAUAACUGAAUCGCACAAAUAAUAUGCCAGUCAGAAAAUUAAUUGUAUUGGUUUUUACAGCUCUUCAUCUUGUAAAUUUGUAGUCAUCAAGUACAAAACUAACUAGGUUUUUACCAACUCACUGGACUAAAAAGUGAAAUACAUCUACAGCAUUUUUAGUCAUGUGGUUCUGAGUGUGACAUUGGGAAUGCAUGAACAGCAAAACAGGCAUUGCCUCAUUGGAAAUAUCGGCUGAAGUGCCAUUCAAACCUGCAGCACCUUUAUAUAUACUUUCUUGUUACACCCACAGCUCCUUAUGGUGUCAUGACAUAUUUGGGAGUGGGUUUCUCAUCUAAGUGACUUGCCAAUUAAUUAUCAGCAGCAUGCAAAAGGGCAAGAUGAUUUAAGGAGCACUGCAAUGGAGAUGUUACCCAUCAUUUUCUACUACUUAGUCAUAUGUUUGUAACUGGAUGACCUACAUCUUAUUAAAGGACAUAGUGAGAUACAGAAAAAGUACAUGCCACUGUCCAUGUAUGAUGCAUUAUGCUGCAGAUAUUACUAGUUGUUUGCAAGUAAUUAUGAACGUGUGUAAUAUUUCCAUAUAUACAUUAAUAUUUCUAACACCAUCUGACUUACAAACUGUAGAAUAAUAUCAAGUGAAACCUCAAAUUAUUUUAGAGAAAACUGUCUUUCAUAUUUGUAUGGUAUGUUUUACAGCUUGACAGAUAUUUUGUCACUCAUACUGUUAAUUAUGCUUAUAGACAUAGCUUUUUUUAUUUCUGUAAAUAUUUCGAAAGGUAAGCAGUCAUAAAGAAAUUUCUAGUCAUCAUGCAAAAGCUCAAGUCUCCUAAACAAAAGUACUGCUGACACCGGAUGUCUGCAGUUGUACAGUUUCCAAGACAUGAAAGCGGUGAAAUUAUUGUAGUAUUGAUGUAAAGACUGUAAAAGUACUAAUAAGUAUCAGUGUAAAGAAGA